CUAGUCUGUCAGAGUGCAGUAUAACAGAAGGAGGUUACAGAUGUUUGUCUGAAGCUGUGAGAUCAAACCCUUCACAUCUGAUCUCACUGGAUCUCACUGGAAAUGAUCCUGGACCAUCAGGAGUCAAACUCAUCCAUCAGUUAAUACAAGAUACAAACUGUGCUCUGAACACUGUGAGAUUCUUGAAGAGUCGUGAUGCGGAAGCAGCUUGUGUUUCUCUGACUGAAGUUCUGGGUGAGAAUCCAUUACUGCUGAAAGAACUGAAUCUGAGUGACAAUAAACUGAGAGAUCUGGACGGAGAGAAACUCUCGGCUCUAUUGAUGGACUCUCAUAGUAAAGUGGAGACAAUCAGAUUGAAUAACUGUGAGCUGACAGAGAAACAGUGUUCAGCUGUAGCUGCUGUUCUGUCCUGUAAAACCCUGGUGAGAGAGAUGAAUCUGAACAACAGUCGUCUGCUGGAUUCAGGACUCAAACACAUCUGUGACAAACUGAAGAAUCCUCAGUGUCAACUCCACAUACUCAAUCUGUCUGAGUGCAGUAUAACAGAAGGAGGUUAUGUUGCUCUGUCUGAAGCUGUGAGAUCAAACCCUUCACAUCUGAUCUCACUGGAUCUCACUGGAAAUGAUCCUGGACCAUCAGGAGUCAAACUCAUCCAUGAUUUACUGGAGGAUACAAACUGUGCACUGAACACUGUGAGAUUUUUGAGAAAUCCUUGUGCGGUGAAAGUCUUUGAGUACCUGAUUGGAUCUCUUGGUAAAAAUCCUUUACUUGAGAGAGAAGUGAAUCUGGGUAAUCGUAAACUCGACGAGUCAAGAGUGAGACAGAUCUCUGAUCUACUGCAGGAUAAACACUGUCAGCUCAACACACUCACGUUGAAUUCUUGUCGUAUCACAGCAGAAGGUUGUGCUGCUCUCACAGCAGCUUUAAAUGAGAAUCCAUCACAUGUGAAAGAGCUGAAUCUGAGUGGAAAUACACUUGGAGACUCAGGAAUCAAGAACAUCUCUCAUCUGAUGAAGAAUUCACUGUGUACACUGAAGAAACUCAAACUAUCCGAGUGCAGUAUAACAGAAGAAGGUUACAGAUGUCUGUCUGAAGCUGUGAGAUCAAACCCUUCACAUCUGAUCUCACUGGAUCUCUCUGGAAAUGAUCCUGGACCAUCAGGAGUCAAACUCAUCUAUGAUUUAAUACAAGAUACAAACUGUGCUCUGAACACUGUGAGAUUCUUGAAGAGUCGUGAUGCAGAAGCAGCUUGUGUUUCUCUGACUGAAGUUCUGGGUGAGAAUCCAUUACUGCUGAAAGAACUGAAUCUGAGUGACAAUAAACUGAGAGAUCUGGACGGAGAGAAACUCUCGGCUCUAUUGAUGGACUCUCAUAGUAAAGUGGAGAAAAUCAGAUUGAAUAACUGUGAGCUGACAGAGAAACAGUGUUCAGCUGUAGCUGCUGUUCUGUCCUGUAAAACCCUGGUGAGAGAGAUGAAUCUGAACAACAGUCGUCUGCUGGAUUCAGGACUCAAACACAUCUGUGACAAACUGAAGAAUCCUCAGUGUCAACUCCACAUACUCAAUCUGUCUGAGUGCAGUAUAACAGAAGGAGGUUAUGUUGCUCUGUCUGAAGCUGUGAGAUCAAACCCUUCACAUCUGAUCUCACUGGAUCUCACUGGAAAUGAUCCUGGACCAUCAGGAGUCAAACUCAUCCAUCAGUUAAUACAAGAUACAAACUGUGCUCUGAAGAGAGUGAGGUUAUUGAAGAGUUCUUCUGCAAUGGAAGCCUUGAAGUAUCUGACGGGAGUUCUUGGUAAAAAUCCUUUACUCCAGAGUGAACUGAAUCUGAGUAAUCGUGUACUAUACGAGUCAAGAGUGAGACAGAUCUCUGAUCUACUGCAGGAUAAACACUGUCAGCUCAACACACUCACGUUGAAUUCUUGUCGUAUCACAGCAGAAGGUUGUGCUGCUCUCACAGCAGCUUUAAAUGAGAAUCCAUCACAUGUGAAAGAGCUGAAUCUGAGUGGAAAUACACUGGGAGACUCAGGAAUCAAGAACAUCUCUCAUCUGAUGAAGAAUUCACUGUGUACACUGAAGAAACUCAAUCUGUCUGAGUGCAGUAUAACAGAAGAAGGUUACAGAUGUUUGUCUGAAGCUGUGAGAUCAAACCCUUCACAUCUGAUCUCACUGGAUCUCUCUGGAAAUGAUCCUGGACCAUCAGGAGUCAAACUCAUCCAUCAGUUAAUACAAGAUACAAACUGUGCUCUGAACACUGUGAGAUUCUUGAAGAGUCGUGAUGCAGAAGCAGCUUGUGUUUCUCUGACUGAAGUUCUGGGUGAGAAUCCAUUACUGCUGAAAGAACUGAAUCUGAGUGACAAUAAACUGAGAGAUCUGGACGGAGAGAAACUCUCGGCUCUAUUGAUGGACUCUCAUAGUAAAGUGGAGAAAAUCAGAUUGAAUAACUGUGAGCUGACAGAGAAACAGUGUUCAGCUGUAGCUGCUGUUCUGUCCUGUAAAACCCUGGUGAGAGAGAUGAAUCUGAACAACAGUCGUCUGCUGGAUUCAGGACUCAAACACAUCUGUGACAAACUGAAGAAUCCUCAGUGUCAACUCCACAUACUCAAACUAUCCGAGUGCAGUAUAACAGAAGGAGGUUACAGAUGUCUGUCUGAAGCUGUGAGAUCAAACCCUUCACAUCUGAUCUCACUGGAUCUCUCUGGAAAUGAUCCUGGACCAUCAGGAGUCCAACUCAUCUAUGAUUUAAUACAAGAUACAAACUGUGCUCUGAACACUGUGAGAUUCUUGAAGAGUCGUGAUGCAGAAGCAGCUUGUGUUUCUCUGACUGAAGUUCUGGGUGAGAAUCCAUUACUGCUGAAAGAACUGAAUCUGAGUGACAAUAAACUGAGAGAUCUGGACGGAGAGAAACUCUCGGCUCUAUUGAUGGACUCUCAUAGUAAAGUGGAGAUAAUCAGAUUGAAUAACUGUGAGCUGACAGAGAAACAGUGUUCAGCUGUAGCUGCUGUUCUGUCCUGUAAAACCCUGGUGAGAGAGAUGAAUCUGAACAACAGUCGUCUGCUGGAUUCAGGACUCAAACACAUCUGUGACAAACUGAAGAAUCCUCAGUGUCAACUCCACAUACUCAAUCUGUCUGAGUGCAGUAUAACAGAAGAAGGUUACAGAUGUCUGUCUGAAGCUGUGAGAUCAAACCCUUCACAUCUGAUCUCACUGGAUCUCUCUGGAAAUGAUCCUGGACCAUCAGGAGUCAAACUCAUCUAUGAUUUACUGGAGGAUACAAACUGUGCACUGAACACUGUGAGGUUAUUGAAAAGUUCUUCUGCAGCAAAAGCCUUUGAGUAUCUGAAGACUCUUGGUAUAAACGCUUUACUCCAGAGUGAACUGAAUCUGAGUAAGCGUAAACUAGAGGAGUCAAGAGUGAGACAGAUCUCUGAUCUACUGCAGGAUAAACACUGUCAGCUCAACACACUGAGGUUGUCUGGAUGCAGUCUUACACAGAAAUGCAUUGGUCACCUGGUUUCAGCUCUGUCUUCAAACUGUUCACACCUGAGAGAACUGGAUCUGAGUAAUCAUGAACUCGGUGACACUGGAGUGCCGCAGUUUAUGGAUCUGCUGAAGAAUUCUGACUGUAAACUGGAGAAGCUAUGGUUAAGAGCCUGUGGUUUAACAGAUCAAGGUUCUGCUCUGUUUUCAGCUCUGAAUUCAAACCCAUCACACCUGAGACACCUGAACCUGAGUGAAAAUAAACUAGGAAAGAUUGGAGCUAACCUCCUCGGUUUUCUACUGAAAAAUCCACAGUGCCAGCUGGAAACACUGGAGUUAAGAAGCUGUGGUUUCUCAAAGGAAUGUUGUGCUGAUCUGUCUUCAGCUCUGAAUUCAAACCCAUCACACCUGAGACACCUGAACCUGAGUAAAAAUAAUCUAGGAACUUCAGGGGUUAAUAAACUCUCGGAUCUACUGAAAAAUCCACAAUGCAAGCUGAAAACAUUAGUGCUGUGUAAAUGCAGUAUUGAUACGGUACGAAUGGCCAUCCUGAUUCCAGCUCUGUGUUCAAACCCAUCACACCUGAGACACCUGAACCUCAGUCAGAAUGAAAUCAAAGACGCUGGAGUCAAUCAUUUAUGUGAUCUACUGAAACACUGCAAACUGGAGAAACUGGAGUUGUGUGGAUGCAGUCUUACAGAGAAACAUUGUGCUCGACUGAUUUCAGCUCUGUGUUCAAACCCAUCACACCUGACACACCUGAACCUCAGUGGAAAUAAUCUAGGAACUUCAGGGGUUAAUAAACUCUCGGAUCUACUGAAAAAUCCACAAUGCAAGCUGAAAACAUUAGUGCUGUGUAAAUGCAGUAUUGAUACGGUACGAAUGGCCAUCCUGAUUCCAGCUCUGUGUUCAAACCCAUCACACCUGAAAGAGCUGAACCUCAGUCAGAAUGAAAUCAAAGACGCUGGAGUCGAUCAUUUAUGUGAUCUACUGAAACACUGCAAACUGGAGAAACUGGAACUGAAUGGCUGUAGCAUUACAGAUGUUUCAUGUUUGGCUGAGACACCAGCAGUGAGAUGUCUAGAGGUUCUUGACCUGAGUAACAAUAAACUAGGAAACUCAGAGAAGAAGCUGCGCGAUACGCUAAAAGACUCUAAAAGUGAACUGAGACUAGAGAGUCAAGGUUGGUUCUCAUGGCGCCCAUUCUCUUGGAAGUCUGGGAAACCAACAACGCAGGGGGAUGAACCACCAUCAUCAGAUGAGCAACCUUCAGAAGAGGAAGAUGAGGGCACGUCCUCUCAAAAGAAAACAGUGACAGAGAGAGAAGCAGCAGACCUAUCACAAGAUCCCACUGAUGAUGCUACUGAUGAAGAUGAUGAUGAUGAUGCUGAGUAUCAGAGUGAAGAUCAAACAAAGGAUCAAGCAGACGCAUGCGCGGGCACCAGUGGUGAACAAUAUGACUGAUGUAAAUAA